UUGUCCACCCGCGUACAUUAUCGCCACACCACAGACUGUAGAGAAAGCCGCACUACACCUACAUGUUUGUACCGAUAUUGCGACAGAGUCUUGCAUGUUCCACACACAGCGAUAGCAGCAGACAGUCGUCGUUUCCAGCUCGGGCGAAAAGCGGAACUAAAAUCGGAGUUACAUUUACUCCUCGGGACGUUUUCGCGGACGGACCGGUCGGUGACUGCAGAACAGCACUUGCCCUUAAACUUGCAUGCAGUGGAAUUGACCUCAGCUCUCAUAAUUAUUAUUUAGCAAUAAGGAUAUUAACGUGCUACAUCACAAUGUCUCUUGCGGCAGAGGCUUUCGUGUCGCAGAUGGCAGCUGCUGAGCCUUGGCCUGAAACUGCAACCUUGUACCAACCGCUGAAGGAGGAUCAGAUUCUGCUGUCAGACUGCGCCUCAUCUCUCGCUGUUCAGGCCUACCUCAGGAUGUGCGGUCUACCAGUGCAGGUGGCUUGCAGAGCAAAUGCUGAAUACAUGUCACCUUCCGGUAAGAUUCCCUUUAUCCACGUAGGGAACCAGGUGGUGUCAGAACUGGGGCCGAUAGUGCAAUUCACCAAAGCUAAGGGUCAUUCUCUGAGCGAUGGCUUAGAUGAUGUUCAGAGAGCUGAAAUGAAAGCGUACAUGGAGCUGGUCAACAACAUGCUGCUUACUGCCGAGUUGUACAUCCAGUGGUGUGAUGACGCUACAGCUGCUGAGAUCUCGCGCCCCAGGUACAGCAGUCCUUACUCAUGGCCUCUCAGUAACAUCCUCGCCUAUCAGAAGCAGUGGGAGGUUCGCAGGAAGAUGAACGCCAUCGGCUGGGGAGGGAAAACCCUGGAGCAGGUUUAUGAGGAUGUGAGUCAGUGCUGCCAGGCUCUCUCCCAGAGGCUGGGGACACAACCAUACUUCUUUAAUAAACAGCCUACAGAACUGGAUGCGUUGGUGUUUGGUCACCUCUUCACCAUACUGACCACCAGGCUGACCAGCACUGAGCUGGCAGAGAGGAUCAAGAGCUACAGCAACCUGCUGUCCUUCUGCAGACGCAUCGAACAGACCUACUUUGAAGACAAGAGCUCUUGAAGGACUGAAAAUAACCUCUCUGUAUAAUCUUACCUUGUACAUUCUGUCCUUCCUUCUCUCAUUCCCUCACUGUAGCACUGAGAAGCUAAAAACUUCUAUUCACAUACCUGUCCCUUUGUGAUUCUUCCUUUCCUUCUCCUUUUUGCUUCGUACUUGUACAUUGUUGCAUGCUGCUGAUAGGAGUACAGAGGAGCCAGUUCUUUGAAGGAUUAAGACGUGUCCACUGCAAAUAAAUAUAUAUACCAGGAAGAGAGUUCUUUACUAUAAUUCCAGGCAUGGCUAGCAACAAAGUACCCUAAAAUCACAGUAAAGAUCAUUCUUAACAACACAUGUCUACAAAAAUAUUUCCACCACAUGCGCCAGUCAGUCUGAUCUGCAUAACUGUUUUUGCUGAACUGCUUCAGCAAGCCACUAAAUUAGAUUUCAACAUGGCACCUUUAAGAUAAUAACAAGAGUAUUGAUGAUAGUAAUGCAACUCUUCACAAAUCCCAGAAGGUAGUCAGUAGUCAGGGUAACACUUCAGCAAGGUGCUUCCCAACACAGGUUUAUUUAUUUGCUCUUAUUUUUCCAUUGUUUGCACUCUGUUACACAGGAAUGCUGUCUACUCUGACAUGUAUCGUAGUGCAUUUACAAAUACCUACAGACUCUCAGAGAGGUUGGGUAUAGAUUUCACAGCUGUGUGACAUGGCUGCCUUUCAGAAGGCAGGACUCCACUUCAACUGGGUUUGAGGUGAAAUGGCUUGCUAAUUUUCUUUUUCCUUCCAGGAACUUUAGAAGCUUGUAAGAAAUGCAAGGCAGUGUUGGCAUACUUGCUUUUCUUCUGUACAAAAAACACAUGAACAUAAUGAUAAUGAAGAGGAUGUGACUUAUUCCUUAGUUUUUCCACCAUUGUUUUCUUUGUGUGAAUUGAAAGUGCCUACAAAAUAAAAGUCAUUAAAUUCAA